AUGGAAUUUUUCUAUUAUUACUCAAUCCAGUCUAGUUCGGAGGGAGCACGAGAAUCGAGCUUGGGUGCGAAGAAAAGUGGGGGCGAGCCUGCGUCCUUCAAAAAGCCUCGAAUGGAGACGCCGUCAUCAUUGCCAACCUUCAAGGUAAGGUUUUAGUUCAAAGUGGGAAGCUUUAAUCGAUGGGAGUUCUCUAAUGGGGAUUUGGUGAGAUCUUUCUGCUCCUUGGUUUUCCGUCCCGCAGGUGAGGAAAGAGAAACUUGGGGACCGGAUCACUGCUCUUCAGCAGCUAGUAUCGCCGUUCGGAAAGGUGAACUUUCGGAUCAUAUCUCCCAGUAGAUUGUUUUCAUGUGCGUACCGUAUCACGUGUGAUGGUGUACUUCGUUUGUUCUCUUUUUCUCUAACCAAUCACUCUCUCUCUCUAUCCAUCUGUUUUUUCAUCUAUGUAUCUCUUCAGACUGAUACGGCAUCUGUUCUCUACGAGGCCAUCGACUAUAUCAAGUUUCUCCAUGAGCAAGUCGGUGUAUGUCUCUCUCUCUCCCUCGCUCUGUGCAUAUAUAUUCUUUUCUACCCCCUCUCUCCCUCUCUCUCUCUCUCUCUCUCUCUCUCUCUCUCUCUCUCUCUCCCGCCCACUCUGACAAAAAAGAAAGUUAUCGACAUUUGUGAGCUCGAUUCUUCAGAAUCCAGGUUCUUUGUAUACCAGUCUGUCUCUCUCUCCUACGGGCUGCAACAAAAGUAAAAACUUGAUGAAUUUAUAAGCUUAUUCUCUUUGAAUCCAGGUGCUUACCGCUCCAUACCUGGAGAAUGUACCACCCAUGCAGCAACAGCGGGUAAGACCAGAUUCUUCGUUUCUCCUAAGACUCUCUUCUCUCUGUGUGAACUCUUGAACGACGUAUACUAUAUGAGCUCUUCUCACGGAACAAACUUACUUGCCCGUUGACGCAGAAUUCCGAAAAACAGAAGGACGCUGAUACCCCGAAACGAGACCUAAGAAGCCGGGGCCUAUGCCUCGUUCCUAUAUCGAGCAGUUUGGCAGUUGCAAACGAGCCCAUGGCCGACUUCUGGACUCCCACCUUCGGAGGAACUUACAGGUAG